AACCCACCAACCGCCAUGAAAGGGUUAGGAGCCAACCGUAGUCGACAUCUCUCUGACUCGUGUGAACCCACAGGGUUCCCGCAGAAACCUCUCUGCCCUUUGACCACUGACCCUCACUGCUCCUUCAUGUUGAGCCCUACCAUAAACCACUAUGGCACCCUGGAUCCUCAACUCCAUCAGUAUCCUCCGACUAGCCCCACCACUUUGACUCCGGACUGCCUGCUGCCUUUCAACCAGAUGUCGAACAGCAGCACCUUCCCUCGUCUGCACUUCACGCCACAGACCGAUCAGGUGGACUGUCCCCAGGGCUGCGUGGUAAGCAGUGCCGGAACCAGACAAGGGAGCAGGCCGGGCGCACUUUCCACCUCUCUGUCUCUGGGUAUGGGCCUGGGCCUGGGUCUAACCGGUGCUCCCAUGAUCACAAGCGGAUCGGCCACCAUCUCCUCCGCAGCUGCUGCCAAGAUGAAUCGGUUACCCUCCAACAUCUUGGACCAACUCGAAAGGCAUCUGCCCCUACAGCGGGACGGCUUCAGCACUUUGCAGUUUCACAGGGGACGUAUGUCAAAACAACGCAGUGAGAGUCCGGGACGGAUACGUCACCUGAUGCAUUCCGUGCAGAAGCUCUUUGCCAAAUCUCACUCCUUGGAAAACUCUUCAGUCAAAGGAAACGCAAUCACCGGAACCAGUGAGGACAGCGGUAGACCGACCAACAGAAGCAAGAGUAAAGACAGGGCGAAGACUGAAGGAGCAAAGCAAAGAUCAAGGCCGAACACAUUAGGCUUGUGGAGUUCCGACAACGCUCUUGACAAUGAUACGACCAAAGCUGGCACCAUUGCUGUUGGUUACCGCAACCCGUUGUGUAUGAUGACGCUCGGUAGAGCGAUAUCAGACAGUCAUGCCCAGCCUAGACAUAUCGCACAGGGCUAUAACACCAUUUCCGCACAUACUCUCAAAUCCUCAAAAAGCAGCAGUGACCUCAAGCUCCUGGGGUGUCCAGUAACACCGGCGGGAACCAAGGAAGUGGAGGGAAGGACUCGGAGCAAGGAUGAUACUGUGGUGAAGAGGGGCUCCUGGUCUAAUCUCACGCUCAGUCAGGCCAGGCAAGUGUUACAGAAAGGCUCCACGACAGUCAACAAGACCCUUUUAAAAACAAAGUCAUCCCAUCAGGAUCUGGCUCACCAGUUCCUUCAGGUUCCCCUGGGGGACUGGGCUGGCUCUUUAGGCCCCGGCCGAGCCAAAGGAGCAGAAAUCCCAUGUCGUAGGAUGCGCAGUGGCAGCUAUGUGAAGGCAAUGGGAGACACGGAGGACAGCGAAGACUCCGAGGGUAGCCCCAAACCUUCCCCCAAAUCUGCUGCCCGUCGCCAGAGCUAUCUGAAGGCCACUCAGCAGUCUUUUAGUGAGCAGCAGCCUCCUCCGCCUGCGCGCAACUCCCUGCCCUCCCUCAAAGAACUGUCCACAAAUCGGAGCCUCGACAACCUAGACUGCCUGGUGAGCCCAGUGGAUACGCCACCGGGCCAUGGGCAGGAUGAUUUCAGCCAUUGGCCCGCUACGUUAGCCAGAGGAUCUGCCACUCGGGUAUGCGGGCGUGGCGUUGGGCAUUCUCUUCCGCACUGUGAGGGGGAAUCACAGGCAGUGGAGGCCUUGGACCUUCCUGCGCCUACCUGCUUUAGGUCCCGUAGUCACAGCUACCUGAGGGCCAUCCAGGCUGGUUGCUCCCAGGACGAAGACACAGCCUCUGUAGACUCUGAUUCCCCACCACCCACCGCCAAAAGCUACAACUCAAACACCAUCAACAGUAGGAAGGCUCCACCUCCGGUCCCACCCCGCAGCACCUCCAAACCUCUCAUCUCAGUGACGCUUCAGAGCAGUACAGAGUCCGCGCAAGACACGUACCUUGACCAACAAGACCACAGCAGUGAAGCCAACAGCCAAUCAGGGCGCAGCAAUUCCUCGGAGAGUCUCUGUAGCAUCCGCACCAGCGGUCGGGCUAAGAGGACGCAAGCUGCCACUAUUGGGCCGGCUUCUAUCUCUGUUCCCCCUGUUCCAGCCCCACGUGAACUUCCACCCACGAUCUCGUCCACCUCUUCAACAUCUACUCAGUCCCAAAAUGACACCCUGAGCACUGCCACCACCUUGGAACAGCCGCCCACUGCACCCAAACGAAAGCUUUCCUCAAUUGGAAUUCAGGUGGAUUGCCUUCAGCCUGUCCCAAGAGAGGAACCGUUACCCUUGACUGCCCCCCUAAAAUUCCAGUCUAUUGGAGUUCAAGUGGAGAACGGCAGGCCUCUUAGCCGGGACAGCAGCAUGGCCUCCAGACAAAACACAGAGACCGAGCCUCAGGAGCACCAUGAAGCCACACUCCUGGAAAGCAGCAAAGCCAACGGCACCAGCCCGAAAACCACAAAUUCCAACAAACUCAACACUAAGGACAAUGCAAUGGAACAGCUCUCUCUCAAACAAACCACAACUCCAUCCAGAAUAGCCACGUCGUCUCCACAGAAGUUGGACCCGGCUUUAGAUCCUUCGUCACUGCCACCGCCGGAUCCCAGCCUGGGGACUGGAAACUGUAAUGCCCAAGGAGAGACUGCACAAGCCGGCACGCCAUCUUGCCUCAGAGAUGGCAACUGGUUUCUGAAGCUGCUACAGGCAGAAACGGGCCGUAUGGAGGGCUGGUGCCAGCAGAUGGAGCAGGAGACCAAAGACAACAAGCUGUCAGAGGAAGUAUUGGGGACGAUCCGCAGCGCAGUCGGCAGUGCCCAGCUCCUCAUAUCACAAAAAUUUGAGCAGUUCAGGGGGCUCUGUAAUGAAAACCUGAACGUGAAUGCCAACCCGCGGCCGACAGCACAGGACCUCGCAGGGUUCUGGGAUCUACUACAGCUCUCUAUAGAAGACAUCAGCUUGAAGUUCGAUGAACUCUACCAAUUGAAAACCAACAAUUGGCAACUCCCUGAGAAAUCAGAGAAGGUUGAAAACAAGCAGCUUCCAUUGUCUGUGCCAAAGAAGCAAUCCAAGCCCAGGCUGUCAGCUGGAAAGGACAGAAGCGUGGACUCUGCCGUGGACAAGCAGCGACAAGAAGCCAGAAAACGCUUGAUGGCAGCAAAGCGUGCGGCGUCUGUGCGACAGAACUCCGCGACGGAGAGCGCCGACAGCAUCGAAAUCUACGUCCCGGAGGCACAGACCCGCCUCUGAGUGUUGCCGUCCCCAAAUCAUCUGCGUCCACACUCACUCCGUGACUCAAUCGCAGACAAGAACUGACUCGUUCACACACAGCCAUACACAGACGACAGAUGCAUCAGUUUAAUUUUGGGAACCAAACUUUGCGGUUGGCCUUUGCGACAAUGGGAUGGAAAACAAUCAUGCAAGAGGUUUAAUCGCAUUAUUAUUGAUAAUAUGCUAAUUUAUAUUCUCCUGGAUUAUGUCAAGACUGUCUUAAAUGUCCAAGUACCUUUGAGGCAAGGACACUGCGAGAAUCUCGUUCUCUCAACUUUCGUGAGUGGACCGACAAGGUGCGGCUGCCUGGUUUAUGUCGUGAGCCUCCACCCGCACACAUCAAAACAUACACACACACGCGCACACACACGCGCACACACACACACACACACACUCAGGAUACACAUACAGGUGUACUCGCUGUCCACAGAGUCUUCCUGUUCUCUAUUUGUAUAUGGCUACCACUUGUUGGCUGUGCUCUUUACCGUGUAAAAGUUAUGGGACAAGGUUUAAAAUGCAGAGAACCAGAGGAAGGCAGUAGCAUAUAUAUAUAUAUAUAUAUAUCUAUAUAAAUUAUAAAGAAUACACUAUGAUGUUCAUUUUGUAAAUGUUGUAUACCAGAUUUGUUAGAAAGAGCUGCGUGUUCAGUACCAAGGAUAGUUUUUUUUCUUUUUUAUAAAUAGAUCAAGUCCAUGUACUGUCAGGAUAUAUUAGCACUUGAUGCGGUCAUUUUGACUUCACCCACUCCCUCAAACUGCUCAAAAACACACACUGCACAGUCUGUCUGUGUCUGUGAAUAUCAUUUAAGUCUUACAUUUGUUGGGUUUCUUUUGAGGUGGUUGUUUUUAGGAGGAAUGUUUAGCACAUAUGCAUUUUGCAGCUCAUUCCAACUUGAUCACUGCACUUUCACCUCAGAUCAAGUUUUCCUUUUCUGUAUUUCCUAUUUUCUUCACCGAAUCAUCGACUUAACGGCAACAUGUGACGCAGGGGGACCAAGACAAACCGCCCGCUCGAAAUGGCAUUCCGUUCAUCGAGACAAUAUGUGACACUAUUCAUACCACUGGAAAGGAAAUGGAUAAGCAAUAAUGAAAUUGAAUUUUAUCAGCGCAUGCAGUGCAGGACAUGCCCGGUCUUAUUAUUCUAAUUAUUUUUUUAAACUGUUCGCCUCACAAGGCUUUCUCGGCACGAAGGAUGAAUGUUUUCUUCACUUGUGAACAUUUUUUUUUUUUUAUUAUUAUUCACUUGAAUCUCAGGUUGAAAGCUCAGUCAGCAGUAUGAACCACUAUGAAUCAAAUGGGAAUCAAGUAAAUUAUGAAAUUGUGGUAACAACCCAAAAGAGUGAUUGAGUGGUUUUGGUGCAAAGCACAUACAUUUUCUUUCCCCCUACCAAUUUCCCUCCCACCUGUCUUACACAAAAGAUUAACUGUGGUACUUUUUUGUUGUUGUUUUUCUUCCACAUUUGAAACAUUUUCUGACUUCUAGCUGAAACGAGGUCGGCCUGUAAUUCUAAUCACUUAUGGUGCUGCAAGGGAUUUUCCUUUUGUGCCAAGACAGCAGUGGUCGUCGACAUCUGUGUCAUUUUAUAGUCCUUUUUAUUUAAGGUGUCCUUUUUGUUAUUUAAUGUACUUGGGUCUUAGCAAAGGUUGUUUGCAGCUCUUCCAACGGUACACGUGGAGACUGGCAUGGAGCCCAAGUAAGCUUGCCAUCCGUCCCAGCAGUCAGUCUUGACUCGCCCCCUACUGGUCAUUCCUUGCGUUACACUCCAGCGAUCACGUCCUAGUUUAGUUUUAAAUCGAAGCAAAAAUAACAUUGAGUUGUCAAUGUUGGGGAUGCAUCUCAUUGUUUUAUUUAAUUUGUAUUUCAUCCAAAUUGGACACGCCCAUUUCAUUGUCCACAAAAGUCAUUAAAACAUCCUUUUGCUACA